AUGAAUACCAGUACACAGUUUAUAGAUACUUCAUCAAAAUCAUUCAAUCCAAAUGAUCCUCAUGCUGUAUAUGUUUACAAUAAAAGUCUACUAUGCAUAAUAAAGAGAUUACUUCAUUUAAAACAAUCAAAUCAGAAUAUAAUCUUAUCAUUAAAACGUUAUCAAUAUUAUAUGGAAAAAUUAAUUUAUGAUAUACAUGAAGAAAAGAUUAAAAGUAAACAAGCAGAAAUCCUUAGAGUUAAACAUCGAACACAUAAACAUGAUGAUUUAAUUCAACAAGUUGUACAAUCUGAAUGUAAAUUAUUAACAAAUUUAAAACGAACCUUGGAAUCGAAAUUAGACCUUCUAAUGAGUACAAUAAAAAAUAUAAAAUGUAUUCAGCAUAAAUUGGAUCAAUGGAUUAAUGAACAUAAAAAAAUGGUAACUCAAUUUGACAAAGAUACUGAAAAAUUUACAAAGUUAACAUUGUUAGAUAAUCAAAUUGAAACAUUGAAUAACUCUUAUUCAACAUCAAUGGAUUUAGACAAAAUUUUCAAAAUGAUUGAUUUUACUGUAUCGCAUAUUGAUACAUUACAAUAUGAUUUAUUAGUAAUGUUUGAAAGAAUUAAACAAUUUCUGACUGGUACAAGAAAUUCAGUAUAUUAUGCUUUAAUUGAAGAUUGUACAUUUGUUGUUAAACAGAUGCGCCAAUUAUUUGUGUCAAAUUUAAAGCAUAAAAUGGCUCACAAUCAAAAUUUGAAAAUGAUAAAUCAAAUCAUGAGUCAAAGACCUAACAAGUCAAAUGAGAAAAUAAUGCAAAAAUUAUUGGAAAAUAAUGAACAGCUUCAAAAAGUCAGACGUGAAGUAACUAUACACUUUGAUCAAUUAAAUCAUCAUAUGCAAGCUGAUUUACAAACUAUGCGAAAUCGACGCAAGCAACAAGGAGAACACUUACUUCGAUCAAAUGAUCAAUCACCGAAUUUAGUAGUUAUAGGAAUAAAUCCUCAAAUACAUGAAAUAUAGACAUUUUAUUUGAUAUUUUCUUCAGAAAAAAAGUCAGCCAAACAGUAGGGAUAGCUGAGAAGCUUAAGAUAAUCAAGUGUUAAAUCUACAGAUCAAAUGGCUGUUUUUCUGUUGAAUUGUUGAUCAAUUAUUUAUUGAUUGAGUAAAGCUAAAGUUUUU